GUCGUCGGGACGUCCGCUCACUCAUAUUUGAUAAGUUUGUAUUUUGUAUUGUCGUCACUUGUCAGUACUAGAGUAUGAUAUUCUAACAAUAAGAUGAUUUUAAGGACAGCCAAUGCUAAACAAAAAGGUUGUCGGGUAACCCUUGAUGGUUUUUGCGAAUGCCGCGGUGCCAUUUACGCAUAGCCAGCGCGCCACAAGCUUUGAUACUUUAAAUAUAGUAAUUUCUUACUACCCAUUCCCUAUAUUUGGUUUUAAUUUGCAACAUUUAGGAUAUCUCAAUGUCUAUCACUGCCGUCAUCUGUCACCGGGAAAUGCCUGAAAGUUCAAAGCACUGAUUCAACGACCUUUGGACACGUAAAUUGCUGUCUCUCAUUAAAACAAGCCGAAAGAUGACACAGAUAAUGAUAAGCGCCCAAUCAACCUUCCGACGGAUCCGUGUUCCAUUCCUGAUUUUCCGGCUACUCUCAUUAAUGGUUUUUCACAUCGCAUAAUUGAUGUUUAAAUGGAGUACUCAAGCUGUCCUUAGCUAGUGUCGACUUGAUAUGAAUUCACACGUCGGUAUAUUUUUUUAUGUUGCCCACACCUUGUAGAAAGUAAGUUCCGCUGUCUUCGGGCAUGAAAUGAGCUUCCGACACAUUCCUUGCGCAUCCCACGUCCAGCUCAGAAAGCCCGCGAAAACAAACAUAAAUUCUAAUCUGGCCUUAUCUUAGGAACAGACACGCACUUCACGGCCUCUGUUAGCAAUUAUUGUUACUCGUAGAGAUAAGGCAAAUAGCAUGACUUAUGAGAUAACGCGAGGGCACACGCUCGGGCCUUAUCCGUUCUAGCGAUCUGCAGGGUGUGAUCUAACGCAGUCUUCAACUCUUCCAGUCACUUUCACGUGUAAGCACCGUGCUACAAAACCCUGCAUGUCGCCGAAUAUUAUAGCCUGGAAAACUCCCAUGGCAUUUUCGAGCGGCUCAUCAAGUUUGUUUUGAUUAUUCUCAUAGAACUGAAGACAGAACAUUGCCGUUCAAGCGACGUAACUAGAUACGCAGUUCGGACAAAUUCCUCUUACUGAACGACUAUACGACUUGGGACCAGCUCGUCGAAAAAGAGCACGGCGCUCGGAGGAGUCGAGCGUAACAUGAGGAUAUCUCUGUUGUGUUGGCUAACAAGUCUUGUGUCCUUAACUCAAUCCCAGUCAUUGCCGAAUCGAUGUCACGAGCCGUGCCCAUCAGAAGCAAGCCCAGUUUGUGGCACUGACAUGCGCACUUAUGCCAGUCGAUGCCAUCUGCAGCUUGCAAAAUGCAAAGGACACAAAGUCAAGAUGAUUUAUAAAGGAAGAUGCAAAGCUCCAGACAACAGUCCAUGUAGAGAAAGUAGAAAGCGUGCGCUAGAGCGUCAGAAAAAGAGCAUUCCGUUCUCUGGGUACGUCCCCGAGUGCGACUCAGACGGCAGUUACCAAUCGGUGCAAUGCCUGCAGCCCUCUACUUCUUGCUGGUGCGUGGACGCAUCUGGAACAGAAAUCCCCGCCACUCGCGUGACAAACCAGCGCCCCGCGUGUCCUACGUCACCACCCAAAGUCUCCGCAGCCAAGUCUCCCUGGAGGUUUAAACACCUUAGCAGCUACAAAGGCUGUCCAGAAAACGUGCGGGCUUCGUUUAAUGCCGAAGUGAUAAAUCUGCUUGAAAGGGAGUUUUUAGCCUACGCGCGCAGGUCGUCAUCUGAUGAUAGCCAAUCAAUUGCAGGAAGAAGUGGCAUGGGGAAGGUUCACUUAUUGAUGUGGAAGUUUAACCAACUCGAUACCAACGCAGACUAUUUCCUGGAAUGGAGUGAGCUCCAUGGUUUUCUGCGCAUGUCAAAGAAAGCGAUUCACCCCAAGAAAUGCAGCAAGACGUUUGUGGGUUACUGUGAUGAGAACCAAGACCAGAGGAUCUCACGCAACGAGUGGUACGCCUGCUUCGGUGUCCAAGAGAUUAAGCGAUGCAUAGGCGAGUAUCUAGCGGCUCUGAGAUCCCCACAACAGUCGCCUUCGGGCCAGUCUUAUCUUCCCAAGUGCCAGAGUGACGGCUCGUUUGUGCCAAUGCAGUGCUAUCCUGCUAUUGGUUAUUGCUGGUGUGUAGACGAACAGACUGGAAAACACAUCCCAGGGACGACGAAGAAGACCAAUAGCCUUGACUGCACGAGAUACACAAUGCAAAACGGUCCGCUGCGUUCAGGUGGAGCGAAAAAGCUGAAAGGCAAAAAGGAGUGCACAAGUCAAAUUUGGCCUAUUUACAAGCGCAAGUUACUUCACUUAUUCAGGAAAGAGGUCGUUGACACUAAGGUCAUCAGACGUUCUCCGUCUGGACAACUUGCAGCAUCUCUCAGACGAAACCAGCGUCGCAGUGCACGCUCGGGAAACCUUGUUGCAUGGGGAACUUUCCUUUCCGACAACCAAGUACUGGCAUGGAAAUUUCACCAGCUCGACUCAAACAGGGAUAGAAUAAUCAACUCUAGGGAAUUUUUCGUCGUUUCCAUGAAGAAGAUGUUGGGCAAAAUCAAGCGAGGACGCAAAUGCAGUCGAAAGCUGCUGGCAGACUGCGACUUUGACAAAGACAAUGGUUUGUCACUUAACGAGUGGAGCUACUGCCUUAGCAACCGCUAUCAAGUUCAUCUUAGCUAGCCUAAUGAUGAGGAUGGAAAACGUGUACCAUGUCAGAUACAGUCUACUUUCGAGAAGACCUUCUAACUCGUAUGAAAGGCGAACGAAAGUUAUACGAAAGUCGUACGGUAGUUGUACGAAGGCAGAGGAAUUUCCACACUAUAUUACCACACCUCACCAGGUUGGUAAGUGUAUGUUGGGUUCGAAUAAAACUGUGUACAUGUAACAAAUGGUUGCAAAUCAAGGGGAUUAGGAACGCCAGAACUUUGUUGAAAGACUGCCGAGACGUGACAAGCAAUCACCGUUGGGGAUAACCACCAAAAAUAUGAUUCUGAUAUUUUCUCGAGUUUUCGAGAAAGUGAUUUGUAUAUAUGUUUAUAAUAAUUUAAGUUUUCUUUAGAUACACUUUCGCCAACGGAUUAAAUUUGAUAAAAUAUAUAUUAUCAUAGUUCGUCUUAAGCACCUUGUUGUUGGCAAAACAUAAAAUUUCAUCGUCGAUGACUCUGUUGGUCAAUAGAAUAGGCAAGGAGAAGAUUGUCACUGAUGAUCACGUUAGUAUUUAAAAAGGCCAUAUAACCUUUACGACUAGAGCUAUCAAA